AUGAAGCACCAAGACAGGUUCUACUCCGAGGGACAAGCGUACCUCGGCCCGAGAGAGAGUCCUCUGACCGAAACCCAUUGUAAUGUUUGGGAUUGGGAUCGACUGCGGAUGGUCAAGGUGAAAGGCAGCGCCAAGCUGUUUCCACCAGACGAGGAUAUAGAGAUCCCAAUCCUGGCACAAUUUGCGGGUUACUUGUCGCCGGAAGUUCGCACAGUCACUGUUGACGAUGAUGGACUUCUUGCUGGGGUCUCGACCGAUCCGGAAGAGGACGAUACCCCCUUUGUUGCAUAUCCUCCCCUCUCCGUUGCUGGAUCCCUCGCCGAUUGCCCUAAAAUCCAGUACUCUGAUCUUCAGGAGCUCGAUCGGCUUGGACCGGGUGUUGAUCUAUCAUCAUACAAAGAUGAAUUCGGGAUUCCUCACAAGGUUGCCUUCAAAUUCAACCCUUUGGACAAACCUCAGAGACUGCAGAUGGCGUGGGAUGAACUCAACCUUCUCAAAAGCUUGCCACCACAUCCCAAUAUAGUACCAUUUGAUCGCAUUGUACUCGAAGAUGUGGAGUCUCACGUGAUUGGAUUCACAACGAAAUAUAUUCCGGGUGGAACCCUCGACAAUACAAAUGUGCCUUUCCGAUUUGAAUGGCUGCAACAACUUACUCAACUUGUGGACUUCCUAAAUCUGGAACUGGGUAUCAUGCAUCAAGACAUUGCACCGCGUAAUUUUCUUAUCGAUCCUGACACAAACAAUAUCCUUCUUUUCGAUUUCGAUUGGGCUGCAUGCGGAAAAAGACGCUUGCUGGAAGGCCGAGAUGACGUGACUGGUGUUGUUUUCACACUCUACGAGCUCAUCACGAACGAUGCACAAUUCACGAGUAUUCCUCACUGGACCGAACCAUGGACAUGGUGCCGGGUAUUUCAGAAUGGCCUUGUAAUCGGAUGCUGGACUCUGACGUAUCAAAAUUCCGCAAAUUUUUGA